GGAGAAGUCUGCAACAUGAUUAACAAGAAGUACAACGAGUUCCUGCCCAGCAUGCAGAGCGCCGAGGACCUGGUGUCGAAGGUGGACGGACUCUCCAGCAACAUCGACCUGCUGAAAGCGGGCAUUGAAAACGAGGUUCAGCGAGAUCUAAACGUCGCUGUUGCCGAAUUCACCGAAUUGAAGCAGCAACUGGAGCGCGACACACUGGUUCUGAGCAUUCUGAAAAAGCUACAGGAGUUUGAUACAGCUAUUAAAGACUACAAUACUGCAUUGCUGGAAAAGAAGUAUGUUGCAGCAGCUCAACAACUGGAAAAGGCACGAAGCAGCCUGAAAAUGCUGGAAUCCCGCAAGGGCUUUGAGCUGAAGAUCCUGAAAGCACUAGGCACAGAGCUCACAGUGCAGACGCAGAACAUGCUCUAUCAUCUAGGAGAAGAAUGGCAGAGACUGGCUGUAUGGAAGCUUCCUCCUUCACAAGAAAGCGGCAGCCUGGAGUCAGUGAUGCAUUCAGAAUUGCACUUACGCACGAUGCCAUCAAAAGAGGAGGAGAUUGCUGGCCCACCUGUUGCUUCUGUGCUGCAGGCAUUUGCUGUCCUAGGAGAGCUGCACGCCAAGCUUAAAAUUUUUGGCCAGUUGUUGCUGAAAUACAUCCUCAAGCCGCUGAUUUUGUACCCGUCCCUUCAGCCGUUCACGGAGGAACAGUCAGACGUAUUCAUCCUGCGGUUUAAGUCUGAGGAGCCGACCUUGGAUCAUUCUUCUCCUAUGGAGGUUUUUUACAAGAUCCAGCUUGUUUUUGAAGUUCUCCACAAAUACCUGCUGAAUGUGCCUCUCGAGGAGCCAGCGGAAGACAAAAAGGAGUGCGGAGUUACCCUCGCAGAACUGCUAGGCGAUAUGAUAUGGGAAGAGUUAUCAGACUGCCUCAUUCAGAACUGUCUGGUGAAUUCCAUCCCGACCAAUAGCAGCAAACUAGAGCAGUAUAUAGAGGUGAUUAAAUCCACAGAGGAAUUUGAAAAAGCCUUGAAGAACAUGCAGUUUUUGAAAGGAGACACGACUGAUUUACUGGAAUACGCCCGUAAUGUCAAUUCCCACUUUGCUAACAAGAAGUGCCAGGACGUGAUUGUGGCAGCCAGAAACCUGAUGACCUCAGAAAUACACAAUACUGUGAAGAUCACACCUGAUUCUUGCGUAGCCCUACCAAGGCUUCCUGGUCCUGUGGCAGGAGAUCACUUAAAAAUGGAAAAAACUUCUAAAGUUCUGUGUAACGACAUGGUGAAUUUGGAGAAUGAGACUAAACUGAGCCAGUACACGUUUUCGCUGCCCACGUGCCGCAUCAGUUCAUCAGUGGAGAAGCUGAUGGAGCUGGCUUAUCAGACGCUGGCGGAGGCUACAGCCAGCACAGAUCAGUGCUGUAUACAGCUCUUCUACUCUGUGCGGAAUAUAUUCCAGCUGUUCUACGACGUAGUGCCAACGUACCACAAAGAGAACCUUCAGAAGUUACCCCAGCUGGCAGCCAUUCACCACAACAACUGCAUGUAUAUUGCUCACCACUUGCUCACCCUGGGACACCAGUUCCGAUACCGCCUGACGAACAUCCUGUGCGACGGAGCAGCUACUUUUGUAGAUCUGGUACCCGGUUUUAGGAGACUUGGGAUGGAGUGUUUUCUGGCCCAGAUGCGAGUGCAGAAAGGAGAAAUCCUGGAGAGGCUGUCAAGUGCCAGGAAUUUUUCUAAUAUGGAUGAUGAGGAAAAUUACUGUGCAGCAAACAAAGCAAUAAGGCAGGUACUGCAUCAGCUGAAAAGACUGGGAAAAGUCUGGCAAGAUGUCCUUCCGGUGAACGUAUACUGCAAGGCUAUGGGGACUUUACUGAACACAGCGCUCUCAGAGAUUGUCACUAGGAUUGCUGCCCUAGAGGAUAUCUCUGCAGAAGAUGCAGAUAGGUUGUACGCCCUCUGUAGGACCAUGGUGGAGGAAGGACCCCAAGUUUUCACCCCACUACCUGAAGAUGACAAAAAUAAGAAAUACCAAGAGGAAGUUCCAGUCUACGUGCAGAAAUGGAUGACGUUCAAAGAGCUGAUGAUCAUCUUGCAAGCCAAUCUCCAAGAAAUAGUAGAUCAGUGGGCGGAUGGGAAGGGGCCUCUCGCAGCUGAAUUCUCCGCAGCUGAAGUGAAGAGCCUGAUCCGAGCCUUGUUCCAGAACACAGAAAGGAGAGCAGCAGCACUGGCCAAAAUUAAGUAACUCUGUGUUUGCUCCGACACGUUGCAUCUUCUGAUAAAGCAGGAGCAAACUGAGUCUUUCAAAUAUUUUUUGGAUUUGACCCUUCUCGUUUGUACCGGUAUAAAAAAGCUUAGCAUUAGGUAAACGCUUGCUGGGGGCUUGACUGAGGGAGAAGAAACAUUUCCUAGCUCAAUAUUUGUAGUAGGGCAAAUAGGAUGGCUUUGCGAAUCUGGGACUACACAAUCAAAGGUGGGCAACGCACGGACGCUAACCGCUUACGCUCCAUCUGCCAGCCAGACGGAGUUUGGGCUUGAAAAUGCAGUCUCCUGCCAUGCUCCCCAGGGGCGUUCUGGCCAGAUCCAGGUUUUCCUUCAUGAGCGGUGGGUGUACAGUCCUGGUGAAGAGGAGAUGCUUUUUGUGAUGUGUGCUAAUUUCUGUUCUCUAGGAUUUCAUCUUCCUGUCAAGCCCAGCAUAGAGAAAUAAAUCAA